GUAUAUUUCAAAAUCAUUUCAAUACCAACAGUCAGUCUUAAAUAAUAUUGUAAAUCAGUUGCACUGCUGCGAAGAAUUAUUUUUUAUAUUUUUUUUGUUAUAAGUUUAUGUUUUAUAAAAAGUUAAAAUGAAUCAAAUUCAAAGAAUUGCAAUUAUGACAGUUUUCUGUGCUGCCAUCUGGGCGAACACAAUUGGAAUACCUGUGUUACCUGUCCUAGAUGAAUCCUCGGGAAUAGACAAUGAAACUAUAGAAGGCUUGAGAGAAAGUGUUAAUGAUACGCCAAAGAACCUAUACGUUGUCAAAGCGGUCGUCUACGAAAUCGGUAUUCUCACAGAUGAAGAUGAAAAUGACACUUCAAGCAUUGAAAGUCAAGAACGUGUCGACUUGACCUUUUUCGAUGCGCAUCGAAAUAGCAGUCACAUCGAUCUGGGAAAUAUUCCACUUCCAAUUCAGACAAAUGUAAGUGGUCAAGUUCUUACCGGAAUCGCACCAGUCAAUAUUGGUGCAUUCAGUAAUCCAAAUGAAUUACUCAACACACUUCCUCUUACUGGAACAAUUGUCAAUCUAACUCAUAGUGAUACAGCGUACUUUCAACUUACAACCCAAAAUAUCAGCGAUAGUGAACGACCUCAAGUAUUAACUCAAGAUGAAAUAUCACAAAUUCCUGACGCAGAAAACAUUUUCCCAUCGCUGAAGCAUGAUAGUGAUGAGGUGCCUGCCUCAGAUGAUGACUAAGCAGCAUUCUAAUUCAAGUCAGGCUUAAUUUCCAUUGUAUUCAUCGUUGUCGUUCCUCUUCCUCCUCACAAAACAAAGACUGUAAACUUAUCAAUUUUUUUUAAUUAGAAUAUCAUCAAUAUUUUUCUCAUCAGAAUUAUAAGUUUGUUAAUAAAUACAUACAUACAUAUUUAAUAAUUCAACGGAAACAACAAUUU